CUCGGACUUCGGGUUCGGGGGAUCCCUCCACCUCGCCGGUAGCCCCCCCUUCCACGUGGCAGGAUCAUUAACCGAGGCGGAAGCUACCCAGUCCAGCACAGCGCGAGAGAUGAUUGGAUUCCUAAGAAUCCUUCAACAAGCCGUGCUUCUCCACCGCCCCCUCCUCUCCGGGGCAGCAGUUUUGUUGGUUGGCGAUAACCAGGGCGCGGUGGCCGCCGUUAACAGUAUGCGCAGCGCGGCGCCGGACGUCCACGCCGUCCUCCAGGAAAUCUUUACGCUCUGCUCAGAGGUAGAUUUCGACGUACUCGCCCAAUGGAAACCGCGGGCGGAGCUGGCUGUACAAGAUGCGCUCAGCCGAGUUCCGGACGCUUCGGACUGGGGCCUUGCCCCGGCAGUCUUGCAAGCUGCCUUCUCACUCUUCGGGCGGCCUGACGUGGACCUUUUUGCGUCCGACACGUGGCACGUGGCAGAGAGGUUCGUGACCCCUCGCUAUAUGCCAGGCUGCUUUGCAGUCGACGCCCUCCGCAUAGACUGGAGGACCCUUGUAGACAGAAACGAAACGGCGUGGAUCUUCCCACCGGUUAGGGCAUUGCCCAGUGUAAUUCAGUCCCUGCGUAACUUCAGGACUGACGUGAUUCUGGUGGUACCAGAGGCGAACACCACCAAUUGGUGGCUAGAGCUGAUGCACCUAGGCAGCGAGGCGACUGUGGCAGGUCCGUUAGAGAUUGAGCGGUCUACAAACGCAUGCAUCCCAAGCAGGCGGGUGCCUGCCGGGACCGUGAACCCCGCUCUGUACAAGCUUAGAGUAUUCAAGAUUAACUGGAAAUAG